AUGAAAAUUCUUAAAGAGUGGUUUAUAAGAGCUCCUUGGGGAAAAGUUGCAUUAAUAUCAUGGGGUAAUCCCAAUGGCGAACCAAUUCUACUUGUACAUGGAAGGCAAGACAGUGUUGCCACCUUUAUUCCCCUCCUGGAGCAUUUACCAGACAAUUAUCAUUAUGUGGCUGUAGAUAUGCCCGGUAAUGGGCUGUCUGAUCCGUUGCCAGUAAGUGUGAUGUUGACAAGAUUUUUUCCAGUGGUGGUAAUUGAUAUGGUGGUGGAACAUUUGAAUUGGGACAAUUUUACGUUUAUCGCACAUUCUAUGGGCACUGAGCAAGGUCUCUUCUACAAUGCAAUCUACCCGGGUAAAUUUAAGAAGUGUAUAUAUUUAGACGGUGCCGUCGCUAUUCGAAGACUGUUGAUGAGGGAUUUUUCAACUUACUACAAAACAUUUUAUUAUAAUUACUACAAUAAUUAUAGCAGUAUUAAUACAGACGACCGAGUAUUCAGUAAAGACAAAGCCCUAAAAGCAGUAAUGAAGGCCAGGAAUCUUACCAAAGAACAAGCGGAAAUCAUUCUGUCUCGAAAUCUGAAACGGCUUGAUGAGGACCAAUAUCGACUAUCAUGGGACAAAAGACAGAGGAUUCUUGCACCAAGCUUCAAUUCACUCGAUUAUUAUUACGAAUUAUUUUCACAAAACGCUCCGCCCACCCUCCAUAUUCUGGCUAGCCAGUCCAACAAAGGCUAUGCCGAAGGAAAGGAGUCUGUGAAUAAAUUGAUGUCGGAUCUAGAAACGAAUGUGCCGAAUAUUCGUAUUCUGACUGUGCACGGUGAACACGACGUACACUUUACUAACCCAGAAAGAGUAGCUAGGUUAAUUAUAUCGUUUUUGGAAGAGGACAAUGGGAAAAGGAAAUCGAAGCUUUAA